AUGACGAUCCCACGAGCGCCUCCAUGUUGGCUGCGUCGGCAGCGACCAAUCGAUAGCCGACAACGGGGACGGCGGCGACCGCGGCGGCGCGUUGCGCGGGUCCGACGUGGAGGUCUGCGACGCGACCCGCCCGGCACCGCCCGGUGGUGCGCCGCCGUCGACAGCGGUCAGUCGCGGCCGGCGACGUCGCGCUUCUCGUCGCUCGCUGUCGCCGGCGGUCGGUCGCCGUGCGUUGCAGACGCCGCCGAUCGAUGA